AUGGCGGCCACCGCGACAUCGUCCUCAUCGUCGACGGCAACGAGUACCUACAGCAGCGUUGUCGUCACCAGCUUCCCCUUCAAUCCUUUGACUACCCAAUUCGUGGCGCCGACGUACUGUAGUGGCAUUUACAAUGGAGCCGUCUACAUGGUUGACCCCCAAGAAAAUUGUCUGCCCACGAGCCAUUCGAAAGACGAGACAGCAUACUACUCACCUGGAUAUGUCUGUCCUGAAGGGUACAUGACGGCCAGAGUCGACAACAAGGGCGUUCACAGCAUCACGACAGUGACUUGCUGUCCUUAUCGCAGCGAUAUCAUCCUCUCGGCGGUCGACCCUGCCACGCUCUCUGGCCAGUGGAUUGGGCUCUUCUGCACAUGGAUCGCGCCGGAGGGCACGCGCAUCGAUAUCGUGCACACCGCCGAUACGAGCACGUGGAUUGAGCAAGAGUAUGUCACUUCCCCGGGCGGUGUCAACGCCUUCGGCGUCCGCAUGGUCUACCAGUCGACCGACAUUGCUUCAGCGACAGCGACAGCCACGGUCUCCGCUACGAGCACUGGCAACGUGACUGCGCCUCAAGAAACCUCAUCGCCGGGACUAUCCACUGGAGCAUCCAUUGCCAUUGCGGCUGUCGUCCCAGUUGUCGUUCUAGGCCUGAUUGCUGGCGCGCUUUUCUGGUGGUGGAGGAAACGCCAGGCGUCCAAGUACAACCACGUAAACGGCAGCGGAACGCCUCAGGGCGCAAAUGGAAUGCCUCCCGCAAACCCCAUGCAGCAGCAAGUUCACGAGGCACCGUCAGUGCAGCAGUACCAAGACCCAAACGCGUAUCAACAACACCAGCAUCCGCCUAUGCAGACGAUGCCCUCCACACAGUCCUUCCCUUCGACAUACCCGUCAUCAACAGCGGCACCAUCCAAUCAAUCGCCCACCGUUCCAUUCUCUCAGCAGUAUGGCCACAAUGGGACGUACACCAGCUACGCGGGAUACAAGCCUCCGGGGGCGACGGAGGAAAACCUAGCACCGGGGCAGACGUUCACAUCGGAGCUCCCGGCUCCCUUGCCGAGAGAACUCCCGGAAGACCGACCGAGCCACACGCCCUCAGGACAACAUAUUGACCACCAGAAGAUGAUGGGCAUACCAAAGUGA